UUCUCUUCUUUUCUCUCUCUCUUGAGAAGAACAUUUUCGAAGAAAUUAGAGUGGGGAUCAGGUCCCGUCGUAUAUAAGCAUUGUGCACUCUCGUCUCGCAUUGGUUGUUCCCCAAUCCGGGCAACUUUUCCAAGACUUGGCAGACCGUACACCCUCGCGAGUGAGCGCAGAAUCUAGCCCCGCCGACGAACAGCAGCAGCAGAUCAGCGCAGAUUCAGCAGGAAGACUUCACCUAGAGUUCAAGGUCCACUUAAUCGUCAUCGUCAACAAAAUAUCUAACAAACUUCACUAUCGUACACGAAGACACUGCUAUAUCUGAUAAAUUUACCAAGCCAGAUUCACUCAACUGCACGGACAUCGUAGAAUGGUAGAAGGUGAACCCGACUCAAAGCACAACGAUAAGUGUGAUGUAAAAGACGAGCGCCUAAACGGUUGUGGUUCCAAGGAACUUGAACUUGCCCGAAUCGGGCCCAAGGAAAAGAACCUAGAUCCAGAGAAAGGAUCCUGCAUUAAAGCCGAUUUCGAAAAGGCCAUCGAACUUACUGAGUAUGGCAAGUUUCAUUACUUCCUGCUCACGGUAUGUGGCUUCGUCAGUACCAGUGAGGAGAUGGACGUGAUCUCCAUGUCUUUCAUUCUACCAAGUGCACAAUGUGAUCUAAAACUUGAUACCCAAGCUAAGGGAUGGCUCAACUCCAUCAUCUUCAUUGGCAUGAUGGCCGGCGCGUACGCCUGGGGCUCCAUUGCGGAUGCUUUGGGUCGUCGCAAGGUCCUCAUUGCCAUUUCCUUUAUGAACGCCCUUUGCAUCGUUGCCUCCAGCUUUAGCCAGUCUUACGAACUCUUCAUGUUCUUCCGUUUCCUAAAUGGUGCCGCACUCGGAGGAAGUGGUCCGGUCAUCUGGUCGUAUUUCGCCGAGUUCCAACCAAAAUCAAAACGAGGCUCCAUGCUUUCGUUCAUGGCAGCUUUUUGGACACUCGGAAAUCUCUUCGUUGCUGGACUGGCAUGGUUGAUCAUCCCUCAGGACAUCGGUAUUACAAGUGCAUCAUUCACAUAUAACUCUUGGAGAAUCUUCCUGCUAAUCUGCGCUGCUCCGUCGUUCAUCGUAGCGGGGUUACUUCUGCUGCUCCCAGAAUCCCCCAAAUAUCUUCUAUCAUGCGGAAGAUAUCAAGAAGCUCUUGAUAUCUUCCGUGGUAUCUACGCCAUUAACACUGGCAGAUCUCGCGACAGUUAUACGGUAAAAGAACUGAUCCUCGAUGACUUCCAAGAACCAGAGCCUGUCAAGGCCAGCAUCGAGGAAAAGAGUAAAUGCAAGAUGAUGCUCGGUGACAUCCUGGAUAACAGCCGUCAAUUAUUUGUCUCACCGAUACUUCGUUUCACCGUCGUCUCCAUCAUUAUAAACUUCACCUUCCAUAUCGGUUAUUAUGGCUUAAUGAUGUGGUUCCCGGAGUUGUUCAAUCGAUUCGACGAAUUUCAUCGUGAUCAUCCGAACCAAUCAACGUCGAUAUGUGAGGUCACCGAUUACGUUGUUAACAAGGGCUCACAUCGUAUUGAAAAUAUUUGCAAUGAUAAAAUCGGUUCUUCCGUUUUUAUGGAGUCACUUAUUACCGUGGCUUCGGCUAUACCGGCAAAUAUCAUUGCUGUUCUGGGAAUGGAUCGUCUUGGUCGCAAAUUUUUCCUUGUGUUCAGUACUCUCUCGUCGGGGCUCUGUUCGAUCGGAUUGUACUUCGUGUACAACAAAUAUCACAAUCUCAUCGUCUCGGCCUUCUUCAGCGGUGUGAUCAGUUGCGGUAACGCUGCAUUAGACUGUCUGAUCACCGAAGUCUUUCCAACUCAUUUACGUGCAACCGGUAUCGCAAUAUCGAUGGUGGCUGCACGUCUCGGUGGUAUUAUCGGUAAUAUCGUCAUAGCACAACUAUUGGACAUGUAUUGUCCAGCACCCACAUUCAUCGUUGCUGGUCUGUUGAUCGGUGGCGGUUUACUGUGCCUAUUUUUACCAAACACAACUCGCGAACCACUUUCUUGACAUUGGCUAAAAAAAUCGACGUUGAGUUCCUCGACGAGUCCUGUACAGUCUGUCUCACAUGCAUUUUCUUUCGUUGCAAUACUUUUUGAUAUUUUUCGUUAUCACAAAUUAUAUACGAGUUAUAAUACGUAUACCAAUAUUUUAUCAUAUUAUUAAUAAUAUUUUCCUUGCAUAAGGAACGUACACAGAAAAAGAAAAAAAGAAAGAAAAAUAGAAAAAGAUAAAAAACCCAAAAAAGACGACAAAACAUUUAUUUAAGUAAUAUAAUUAAGUAGGACGGAUAUAGGAUGAAAUGGUAGGAGAGUUCGUUUCACGAAAAAAGUAUUCGCAAGUAUUACUUAUACGUCUAUUAUAUAUACGUUUAGAAAGAAAUUGAGACGACAGGCUCGACUUCUAAUUUAUAUUAUUAUUUAAUUAGAAGAAAAGGAAAACAGUAUCUUUUCGUCAUCCUUCAAAAACCUUUUCUAAUUUCAUUAUUCGUACAGGUUGAGUAAGAAAUUCCUGGAUGACUUGAAAAAAAAAAUAUAUAUAUAUGUAUCAAUUACUCUUCUUUUGAGAUUUUUUGAACUAAUUUUAUUAUUUUUGUUUUUUUUUGUUCGGAUAACAAAACUGUUUCGUAAAAUUAGAAGCCUAAUUACCUAAGCCCGAAGUGUCACGAAAAAGUGUAAUCGAUUUUAUUUUUUUUAAAUCAUCUAAAAACUUUUGAUCCACCUUGUAUAAUUUAAUACUAAAAAAGCAAAGGUAAAUAAAAUUAAUUGAAAAGUUUCACUCUAUAAAAGGUACAAAUACAAGAAGUGUUUAUGUUAAGAGCAUCGAUUUUGAUUACAUUAUUAUAUACUAUAUCUCGUUACGUGUAGAUAAUAUGCGCCAUUAGAAUCACAAUCGAUCGGUAAUAAUUGUUUAAAUAUUAAAAAUGUCCAAAUACUCGGAAAGGUUUGGGUCGAGAAUUUUUUGUUAUCUCGGAUCGGAUACCCAUAAUUUCGAUUAGUAGCACAUCCCUAUUAUAUAUGUAUUACUUAUGUAUAGCGUUGCAUAAUGCAAUACUUUAUUAUAUACCCCCUUUUAAUUCUUUCGUAUUAUUAUAUUUUAACAUAACUAUUAAA